GUUUACCAAUUCUCAAACUGAAUUCAAUUCAAUCGUUUUUUUUUUCUUUUUUUUUUCCUGUUACUGUUUCUCUCUGUCACUCUCUUUCCUUUCUCUAUCGCAAUUUUUCUGACAAAUGGCGGAGCAGAAGAGGCAUGACCCAGAAGACGGGACCAAGGGUCCGCUCGAUCUCAUGCCACUUUUCGCCAAGGAGUUGGUCGCCGGUGGCCUCGCCGGCGGCUUCGCCAAGACCGUCGUCGCUCCUCUCGAGCGUGUCAAGAUUCUCUUUCAGACGCGAAGGGCUGAGUUUCAGAGCACGGGACUGAUAGGAUCAGCUGUCAGAAUUGCCAAAACGGAAGGCCUUCUGGGUUUCUACAGAGGAAAUGGAGCAAGUGUUGCAAGGAUUAUUCCUUACGCGGCUAUUCAUUAUACGUCUUACGAGGAAUACCGCAGAUUGAUUAUACAAACUUUUCCUGAUGUGUGGAAAGGUCCUACCCUUGACCUUGUGGCAGGCUCACUCUCUGGAGGGACAGCUGUACUUUUUACUUAUCCUCUUGAUUUGACUCGAACCAAGUUAGCUUAUCAGAUUGUUAGUCCAACAAAGUUGGGUGCUUCGGGGAUGGUUAAUAACGAACAAGUUUACAGAGGGAUCACUGAUUGUCUUACAAGAACUUAUAGAGAGGGUGGCAUCAGGGGUCUCUAUCGUGGAGUAGCUCCAACUCUUGUUGGAAUAUUCCCGUAUGCGGGUUUGAAAUUCUACUUCUAUGAGGAAAUGAAGCGCCAUGUCCCUGAGGAGUACAAUAAAAGCAUCAUGGCCAAACUGACGUGCGGAUCAGUAGCAGGGUUAUUGGGUCAGACCUUCACAUAUCCUCUUGAAGUUGUCAGGAGGCAAAUGCAGAUUCAAAAGCUCCAACCGUCUGACAAUGCCGAAUUGAAGGGGACUUUGAAAUCUAUUCUUUUGAUUGCCCAAAGGCAAGGCUGGAAGCAACUAUUUUCAGGGCUGAGCAUCAAUUAUAUAAAGGUAGUUCCAUCUUCGGCCAUAGGCUUUACAGUUUAUGAUACAAUGAAACUAUACCUGAGAGUUCCAUCAAGGGAAAAAACUGCAGUUGAAAAUUGAAAUGGUAACCAACAAAAGAAUCAGCCGAGCAUCGUCGCAAUUAUUUUUGGUAUAAAAUGGGCCCCCUUCCCAUUUUAGCAUGCUAACUUCCAAUAAGCUUCAAAUUGGCUUCUUGGUCUCAUUCAAUUUGACUACCAUUCAUACAUAAUUGCUACUGCACAUUGCAUUCUUUCAAGUUGUACAGCGAGAUGGAGCUUAUAUUCCAUCUUCAAAUAGGAUAGAACUUGUACUGUUCACCUUACCAAGGAAUGAUCCCUUGUCUGGGUUUCAUUCAUAUUGUAGCCUGCAUUCUUUCCAGUUGUACAGCGAGAUGUGGCUUAUACUCGAUCUUCAAAUAGGA